CACUGAAGGACAGUCCCUACCUGAAAUAUCACCCAUCCUUUUUCUCCAGAGAUGCUGCCUGACCCGCUGAGUUACUCCGGCACUUUGUGCCUGUCUUUAGGGGACGGGGACUCUGGACCACAGUGAGGUGAACUUGAUCAGUAGCGACCACAUCCCCUGGGCACAGGCAUUGUCAAUCUCCAAGCAAAAUGGCCAGCAAAUACCAUCCUGCCUAUCAAAAGGGAGAUGUGGAGUUUGUCCACACGGGAUACGGGAAGGAGGAGGUGAAGGUGCUGGUCAUCAGGCGGGAGGGGAAGCGCCAUUACGUCAAGGAGAUCGUGGCCAAUGUGCAGCUGACGCUGAAGUCACUGAAGGACUACAUGCACGGCGACAACUCCGACAUCAUCCCCACCGACACCAUGAAGAACACCGUCCACGCCUUGGCCAAACUCCGAGGGGUUCGUACCAUUGAAGAGUUUGCGCUGGAUAUCUGUGACCAUUUCCUGACGUCCUUCAAUCACGUCUCGCGGGCCAAGGUCUACGUGCAGGAAGUCCCCUGGAGACGUCUGCAGAAGGGUGGGGUGGAGCAUGUGCAUGCCUUCAUUCACAGCGGAGAGGCUACACGCUUCUGUGAGGUGGAGGUGAUCCAGAAUGAGCCGCCCGUCGUCCACUCUGGGAUCAGGGACAUGCGAGUGCUGAAGACCACACAGUCGGGCUUCGAGGGCUUCCGCAGGGACCGCUUCACCACGCUGCCCGAGAUGCGGGACAGGGUGUUCUCCACCGUGGUCUACGCCAAGUGGCGCUACGCCACGUCACGGCGGGCCAACUAUGACGCGGCCUGGAAUGCUGUGAAGGAUUCUAUCCUGGAGACAUUCGCCGGUCCCUACGAUUCAGGAAGCUAUUCCCCUUCGGUGCAGAACUCCCUGUACGAGGCGGAGUGCCUGAGUUUGAGCCGCGUUCCGGAGAUUGAAGAGAUUGAAAUUGUUAUGCCUAAUAAGCACUACUUCACCAUCGAUAUGUCAAAGUUUGGAAUCCCAAAGAAUAACGAGGUUCUUCUGCCGGUGGACAAUCCAUCGGGAAACAUCGCAGGAACGGUGCGCAGGAGACUUGUAUCCAAGCUGUAGUAGCUCCUCACAGGAAGACGGCAAACACUGACGCAGCACGUCUGAUUCAA